AUGACUUUGCAUACACGCGCUGUUGUGGGCUGUAGGUGAUUGUACUACCUUGAGUCUUCUGGGCUAUUUCAAUUUCGCCAUUGGCCAAGUGCACUGCGCGCAGCGAUCCAGUUGACUUAACAGUUACAAAUAUGUCUGACUCUGACGAUGAUGUACCGCUGGUGAAGCGGGCUGCAGCUGCUCCGGCUAGUGCCAAGCCCACCCCUAAGUCGACCAAGCCGACUCCUAAGCCGGCGGCUGCUAAGCCAGUAGCUAACGGGCGAUCUACGCCUUCUAGGAAAAAGCCGGAGCCGGAGCCGGAGGAGGAGGACGACGAGGACGAGUCCGAGGAGUCAAGCAGCUCGGACAGCGAGAGCGAUGACAGCGAUAGCGAUAAGCCGCUUGCUGCUCGCCGCAAGAGCAAAUCGCCAGGCGCGAGUGGAGCGAAACGGAAGCGGGCAACCACACCCAAGAAGGAGAGCAGCGCCAAGCGCUCCAAGAAGGAGCCCGGGAGCAGCAAGUCCGGGCAAGUCAUGUGGAAGACGCUGAAGCACGCGGGCGUGCUGUUCCCGCCGGAGUAUGAGCCGCACGGCGUGAAGCCGCUGUACGACGGCAAGCCGGUGGAUCUGACGCCCGACCAGGAGGAGGUCGCGACCAUGUUCGCGGUGAUGAAGGAAACGGACUACAUGAACAAGAAGGUGUUCCUGGACAACUUCUGGGAGGGCUUUAAGGAGGUGCUGGGCAAGGGGCACGUGAUCAAGGACCUGAAGAAGUGCGACUUCACGCCCAUCUACGACUGGCACAUGGCGCAGCGCGAGGCGAAGAAGGGCAUCAGCAAGGAGGAGAAGGACCGGAUAAAGAAGGAGAAGGACGAGAAGGAGGCCAAGUACAAGGUGGCGUACGUGGACGGCCGCCCCGAGCCGGUGGGCAACUUCCGAGUGGAGCCUCCGGGGCUGUUCCGCGGGCGCGGCGAGCACCCCAAGAUGGGCAAGAUCAAGAAGCGCGUGUACCCGCGCGACAUCACCAUCAACAUCGGCGAGAACGAGCCGGUGCCGGAGCACCCCUACCCCGGCCAGACGUGGAAGGAGGUCAAGCACGACCACACGGUCACGUGGCUGGCCUACUGGAAGGACACCAUCUCCACCAAGGACUACAAGUACGUAUUCCUGGGCGCCACCUCCACCUUCAAGGCCGACAGCGACCUGGCCAAGUACGAGAAGGCGCGCAAGCUCAAGGAGAUCAUCGUGGACGUGCGCAAGAACUACGAGCGCGACUGGGACAGCAGCGACCAGCGCAAGCGCCAGAUGGGCGUGGCCAUGUACUUCAUCGACAAGCUGGCGCUGCGUGCGGGCCACGAAAAGGACGAGGACGAGGCGGACACGGUGGGCUGCUGCACGCUCAAGGUGGAGAACAUCGAGAUCAUGGGCGACAACAAGGUCAAGUUCGACUUCCUGGGUAAGGACUCCAUCCGCUACGAGAACAUCGUGGAGGUGGACCCGCGCGUGUACAAGAACCUGGAAAAGUUCAAGCGGAUCGACCACACCGGCAAGCGCAAGCAGCAGGGCGACCAGCUGUUUGAGACGUUCGACGCGCAGGAUCUGAACAAGGAGCUGAAGAACAUCAUGGACGGCCUGAGCGUCAAGGUGUUCCGUACCUACAACGCCUCCAUCGUGCUGGACCGCCUGCUGAGCGAGUGGGAGGCCACCAAGAAGGGCCACUCCACGGCGCAGACGGUGGACCAAAAGAAGGUGGACUACGACAUCGCCAACAAGGAGGUGGCCAUCCUGUGUAAUCACCAGCGCUCGGUGCCCAAGACGCACACCAACCAGAUGGAGAAGAUCCAGGAGAAGCUGGCGGGCAUGAACAAAGAGUUGGCAGAGCUGGAGGACGAGCUGCGGGCGGCGCAGAAGGGCAAGGCCGAAAACAAGAAGGCCAACGUCGACUCGCUGAACUCCAAGAUCGACAAGAAGAAGCAGGCCAUCGCCAAGGUGGAGCUGCAGGCGCGCAGCAAAGAGGACCUUAAGACGGUGGCGCUGGGCACGUCCAAGAUCAACUACAUGGACCCGCGCAUCACCGUGGCCUGGUGCAAGCGCAACGAGGUGCCCAUCGAGAAGAUCUUCAACAAGUCGCUACUGGCCAAGUUCAACUGGGCCAUGGACGUGGACCCCACCUUCCGCUUCUGAGCAGCCCAGGCGCAGUCUGCGGAGAGCUGCGUUCAGCAGGCGUGGUAGAAACAGCGCGGGAGCGGCAGCGGUGAUGCAGCGGAGCGCGCAGCGGCGAUUUAUUUGCUGGUGAGGGGUGCCGGCAGCAGCGUUGCAGCAAUGGUGCAAGUACGGUAGCGGUCGUUUGCAGGCCGGUGCUGUUAGUGUGGUGCGAACGGCAGUGCAUAGCAUUAGCAGCGGUGGGGGCUGGCAACGGCACGGGGACCACGCAUUUUGAGUCCUGGUAGAUCGGGCCUGGACCAAGCUGGUGCGUGUGCUGCCAAGCCGCUUGCGUGCCCAGCAGUAACUUGUCCGGGCCAUGCAUUCACUUAAACUACGCUAGCUGCCCCUUUCUUGAUGACGUGGUUGUGCGUGGAGGGGAAAAUGGCGGGCGACACACCACUGCGCGUGUGCAUGCAAACCACCCCAGCCAGGGACGGGCCUAUCGUGGUCCCAGGCGUGCGUUUGGGUUGGAGGGGAAGGACAGGAGAGCGGUUGUACGGAUAGGGUGGUCGGAGCAGAUUUUAUCGCACUUGCAGUUGCUGGAGUAUGCAACGCACCCCUGAGUUAAGGCUUGAGCAACCUUGUUACAAGCUCAGAGAAGAUUGCAUAUAGCGCUGCCCUCCGCCUUUGCUGUCUACGGUAUUCAUUGCAAUUACCUAUGCGACAUUACAAGAAGGGACAGGGCCAAGCAAGGGUGCCCAUCACCAAUGCACUUAUGAACCACACACCCGACUGUUAGAGUGAUAGCAGGAGUGUGUGAUGCCAACGUGCACGCACCGUCGCACCGCCUUCCUCCCCCAUCCCAACCUUGUUGCACUGGUGGGGCCCGGCUCCAGU